AAUUUGUUGGCUUAAAAAUAAGAUGGAAGUUGGCGGUGGUUUGGGUGUCAUUCUGUAAUUCAUUGUUACCAAUUUGUCUAUCUCUCCAAUUGUUCGCUUCGCAUUAAGAAAAUCUACUCAAAAACGGGGUUUAGCCGCUAAUGUGUUCAUGUGUCAGUCAUGUUGCAUCAAAGGACAAGGAUGCCGGCCCAGGCUUCCAAACAGACUACAGUUAUAGCAUCCAAGAUCAAAAACAAGAUAUUCAACACCUCCUCCUCCUUCUUCAAGGCCUCCCUGAAGAGCAACAACAAGGCGCUGGCUCUUGCCCUGCAGGCUGAGAAGCAGAGGAGCAUGCUGCUGCAGAUGCAGAUCGUCAACCUGACGAAGGAAGUGGAGGUGCUGUGCUUUGAGAGGGCUACCUGGAAGUACAAGCACAGGAAACUGCACGUCAUCUUGAAGAAUCUGUACAGUGACACGCUGAAUAACUUGGACAAGGUGAUGGAACUAUUCUCUGAUGACGAUGUCCCUAAACUAGAUGAGGACAACAACAUCCUUCCUGGUGAUCUUGACAUUCCCCCAGUUUCAAGCCUUCCAGCUCUUCCUGAAGUUGCUGUGGAUUCAUUGUACGCCGGCCCAGAAAAAGCAGCGGACUUUCAUAACGAUGCCGAGCCUCUGGGCGUCAUCACCGGACCCACCAAGUCGACUAUUUACCACGCAAAGACGGAUAACGAGAACGGACGUUCGAAACAAGAUGCCCUCCAGAUGAAGUUUUCCCCCAAGUCCAGCUGUUUAAGGGAUUACGUGGAUAGAAUGUCAGUCAUGUUGUCUAAGCCCGACGAUGAAACCAUAUCGUCUGUGCCAUGUCAAACUUCUUCAGCGGUCGCCGAAACACCCGCCCCCUCCACCGAUGUCAGCCCUCCCUGUGUCACGGUUGAAGAGCCACAGGAAAACUUAGUGGUCUUCAAUACAACCAUGGAGAUGACUGAAUGUGGCACUCCUGAGAUAGUCACAGAGUAUAAAAACAAAGAUAACCUUGCGCCGGAAGUAAAUCUUCCUCAGUCAUUAAAACCUAAGUCUCGCAGCAAAACCAAACAAAGCGAGGAGCUACCUGCAGAGAAAGAGUCCCCGGAAAAAAAAAGGUCCACCAUCACUAUUAGGAGGUCCAGGAAGCCAAGUCAAAGGGUGCCGUCGGUUACUCGGAUGGUGUUUCCACCUCAUGACAGAGAGGGCAGCAGGUCCAAAGGGCACCGUGAGGAGCAGAAACCAGUAAGUGUUGUUGCACCCGCAGAGGCUGAAGAUCCGUUCCAGUUCUUCGCCACUGUCAAUGAACCACAGAACAACACUGAGACGUCUGGAGCACGUCACAAAUUAAGAUGCGGAAGAACGUUUGUAAUUUCCGUGGAUCCCACAACACCGGCAAGAGAGAAGUUAGAAAUGUUGUCCGACAAUCUCAUUUCUGACGCAGGAUCUGCCCGGAAUUCAGCUGAAGGGGUCUUAUCAUCACUGACCAAUACCAUUUCCACGCCAGAUCAGGGAAGCCAAGGCAGGAGGUGCAGGGGGGCCGUGGUCAGUUACAAGGAGCCGCCCCUCAACAAAAAAAUAAGGCGUGGAGACAAAUUCACAGACACCAUGUUCCUAAACUCCCCUGUUCAUAAAGAUGGCACUAAGAAGAAGAAGCGGAAGACGCAGUCCAAAGACUGAUUUUUCUUUUUGUAACUAUUGAGACCUUCUUUAUAAUUAAAUGUUGGUUUUAAUCAAACAUGUUUUUGCUGACUGUUUAGCUCGGACUCUUGUUUGUUGGUAAAUGUCACCAGCAGAAUGAUAAAUGAUUCAUUUUGUUCACCCGAGACGUCGCCUUUCGUGUCCGUUAUGUAAAGUCAUCACAUUCAGUACAGUCCUACUGGACACACACUCUGUACCUUCUGUACACUUCCUGUAUUUGAUGUGUACACAUGCUCCUAUUAGUUUGCAUUCUACACAACUCUUUGUCUUUUAAUUAAACAUUAGCCCAACAA